AUGUGGGCCAAAAAUUUGAUUGCUUUUGCUGCUCUAGCCUCUGCGAUACGGCCAGAGUCUGUGCUCGAGCCAGGUCUGGGCAUCGAACGGAAAGAUGGACUUGCUGUUACUCAGUCGGAGCUCGAUAACAUGAAAUUCUUCAUGGAGCAAAGCGCAUCCUCAUAUUGCAACUACAAAGAGGAAGUUGGUGACCUUGUUCGGUGCGACCGCGAGGGAACCAAGGGAGGAAAGUGUCCUUUGAUCCAGGACGAUGACGUUCGAAUUCUCUGGACAUAUAUGGGCCCGAUCACGAAGAUCGCUGCGUACAUCGGUAUAAAUGAUGUUCGCAAGCAAAUUGUGUUCACUCCGCGAGGCACCAUGACUACUGGAGAGACGAUCGUGGACUUCAACUUUUGGUUCAAGCCUUAUCCGGGUGUUGAUGGGGCUCAGGUUCACACCGGCUUCUCUAAUGCUUGGGAUGAAAUGGCCUUUGGUGGUGCGGUGGAAGCAAUUAGCGAUGCUAUUGCAGCCAACCCGGACUACACGAUUGUGGCCACUGGUCACUCCCUAGGCGGAGCCAUUGCAUCCAUGGCCGCCGCAAACCUUCGUGAUACUGGCUUCUCGGUUGAUCUCUACACAUAUGGUGCCCCUCGCGUCGGUAACGAUGUCUUCAACGACUUCCUAAUUGGUCUACCCGGGGCCAACUAUCGUGUCACAAACUUGGAUGAUCCUGUCCCACGCGUGCCGUUUCUUUGCUGGGGGUAUCGAUCAAUUUCUCCAGAAUACUGGAUCUCCAAGAAUUAUACGGAGCCUGAUUACCCACUCGACAAUAUCAAAGUCUGUGAAGGAGAUGCAAACCUUGAAUGCAAUGGCGGCACAACGGGUUUCAACUUCAUCUCUCAUGGCAUCUACCUUCUGCGUUCUCCAUGUGUAUAUGAGGAAGACUCACCAUAUGGCGAAGAACCGACCAAGACAUGGGUGACUGAGCUUACACGGCUCAACGACGAACAGCAUCCAUAUUCGGGAGAUGAUCUUGAAUACUGUUUGCGUGGGGUCUAG